GGUGAUACACCUAAAACAGAAUGAUGAGACUUUCUAUAACUAAUGCAAUUCCUACUUCACCAUCUUCCAAGUCUCACACCUACUCCAUCAUUGUUCUUCCAAGACCUAUAUAAAGAGCAUGGUGCACAACCCACUUGCAUAUUCAUCGAAGGAUCCUUCAUUCUCCACUUCUACAGAUCCCCAAGAACCUCAAACACAAAAAUCAAAGGAUGUUCAAGAUUCCAUCACCAUUUAUUUUCAUUGCAGUGCUGAUUGCUACUAUAAACAUGGCAACAUAUUUAGCUGCUAUUGACCCUGCUCCGGCUGGUGAAGAACCCGUUCUUGAGUUGUACAUGCAUGACAUUCUUGGCGGCAGUAACCCUACAGCUAGGCCAAUCACCGGCUUGCUAGGAAACAUAUAUAGUGGCCAAGUACCCUUCGCAAAGCCAGUAGGAUUUAUUCCCCCAGAAGGUGCAGUAGCAAUCCCUAAUGCCAAUGGUGCUAUUCCAACUGUUAAUGGCAACAAUGGCAUUCCACUAGGAACUGGCUUGGCUGGCACAGCAUUUGCAGGAAAUCCUAAUGGUCAAAAUGGUCAGGUUCAAACCCAGCUGGGACCGGACGGGUUGGGACUAGGCUUUGGAACAAUCACUGUAAUUGACGAUGUUUUGACCUCCAGCCCUGAGCUUGGUUCGCAGCAAUUGGGAAAAGCUCAAGGAGUUUAUAUCGCUAGUUCUGCAGACGGAAGCACACAGAUGAUGGCAUUUUCAGCGAUCUUUGAAGGAGGAGAAUUUGGGGACAGCCUCAACUUCUAUGGCAUAUACAAGAUUGAAAGUGCAAUGUCACAUUUGUCGGUGACUGGUGGAACAGGCAAGUAUAAGAAUGCUGUUGGAAUUGCGGAGGUGAGAGGACUCAUUCCAUCUGGCCAGCGUACCACAGAUGGUGCAGAAACAUUACUGAGGAUAAUUGUCCAUCUAAAAUACUAAGAAUGUUAUAUAACUGAUUAAAUGUGGGAUUGUUCGUGUGAAAAUGAGUGUGGUCAAGGUUUGCAAAUUUCUGUUUGUUAAUGAGUCUAUUGUGAUGCCA